AUGUUCCGUGCCUCCGUUGCCCGUGCGGCCGCCGUCGCCGCGCCCCGUGUCGCCGUCGCUGCUGUCGGCCGUGCCGCUGUCCAGCGCACCGUUUUGUCAUCGACGCCCCCCCGGUUAGCCGCCGGUGCGCCCCGCCCGGCCGUCGCCGUCGCCGUCGCCCCCCUCCGCUUCUACUCGGCGGCCGCCGGCCUCAACAAGGAGGAGGUCGAGGGCCGCAUCAUCAGCCUGCUGCAGGGCUUCGACAAGGUCAACGACGCCAGCAACAUCAAGGCGACGUCGCACUUUGCCAACGACCUGGGCCUCGACUCGCUGGACACGGUGGAGGUGGUGAUGGCGAUCGAGGAGGAGUUUAGCAUCGAGAUCCCGGACAAGGACGCCGACUCGCUGCACAGCGUCGACAAGGCCGUUGAGUACAUUCUGAACCAGCCGGAUGCCCACUAA